AUGGUCAAAUCCGAACGAAAGGUUCGGCAUUUGAAUGAAAGCGUACUAGAGGCUUCUUCGGCCGGGUGGGGGUCUCCGACCAUAUUUCCUCCCUCUGUAAUCCAAGUCCGUGCAAUAAAGAUAUUAGGCCGAGAGAAUAUGGGGCUGCGCCAGCUACGAAAUGAAGGCAGUGGCUUUGAUGGAAGGCCGCCAGUGGAUGCCUGUUAUGGCCGUAUAUGUUGA